CUCCCAUUGGAGUAACCGGAGGAGAACGGCUGCCUCUCGUCUAAAAACUCGCUGGAAAACAACGUGAAAUCUCUCGGAUACGUUCAGGAAACAGCGGCUGUGGGAGUCUGAAUCCACGCUGGACACCAGAUAAGAUCCGUAUUGAUUUAUUUUCGGCGAACUGAUUGAUCACGGACUGCGUGUUUUGGAAACGCACGCACACACAGUCACAGGUUGCUAGCGGAGUUAACGCUAACCUAGCUAGCCGAGUUAGCUAGCUGCGGUUAGCUGUGUUCUCCCUUCACCCGGGACUCCAACCAGCCGGGGUGAACUUAAAACAACUGUGAGACAUUUUCCAGACAGUCUGCUGAAUGAUUCAGGCAUGAUGUGGUGUUUUUUGGGACGUUUAUCAAGUUGGCCGGCUGGAAGCAUCGGCUGACUGAAGCCUAGCGAUAGUCUCCCUCUCUCCUCUCGACCUGGAUUUUACUCCUCUAUGUUUUUUUCCUCCUUUUUUUCCACUGCUGUUUUUGGCUGUUUUUUUAAAGGUGGACUUUGCCCUCGGGGUGUUGUAACUCUCCCCUGUAUUAAAUCGAAAAAAGCCUCCAUUGAGUCUUGAGCUGGAGUAUUUCUAAAGUUGGCUGCAAGUUUUUUGGGGGGGAGGUAAAAAAAGUUUGGGAAGUUGAGGAGGAUUUUUCCGAGCCUGUGGAAAAAUGGAUGCGGGUAUAGAGAAGGAAUGCAGCGCCUUGGGAGGGCUCUUCCAACUCAUCAUGAACGACAUGAAGGCCAGUUAUCCAACAUGGGAGGACUUUGUAACCAAAGGAGCCAAGCUACAAUCACAGCUCAGGACGACCAUCGUGGUGACCGGAGCCUUCCUGGAUGCUUUUCAGAAGGUGGCAGACAUGGCGACAGGGACCAGAGGUGCCACCAAGGAGAUUGGCUCAGCGCUAACCAGGAUGUGUAUGAGACACCGCAGCAUUGAGUCCAAGUUGAAACUGUUCACCACAGCUCUCUCAGAGGGUCUCGUCACUCCGCUGGAGUUGAAGAUGGAGGAGUGGAAAAAAGUGGCCAAUCAGCUGGACAAGGACCAUGCUAAAGAGUACAAAAAGGCUAGAGCGGACAUCAAGAAAAAAUCAUCAGACACCAUCAAACUGCAGAAGAAGGUGAAGAAAGGGAAGGACGAGGCACGGGGACAGCUGGACAGUGCGUUGCAGGACGUCAACGUGCGUUACGCCGUCCUGGAGGAGACGGAGAAACGUGCCGUGUGCAGAGCGCUGAUUGAAGAAAGAGCGCGUUACUGCAGCUUUGUCAGCAUGCUGAAGCCUGUACUGGACCAUGAGAUCAACAUGCUGGGUGAGGUGACCCACCUGCAGACCAUCCUAGAAGAUCUGACCAACCUGACAGCUGAGCCCAAUAAACUCCCACCAGCCAGUGAGCAGGUGAUUCUGGACCUGAAAGGCUCUGAUUUUAAUUACACCUAUCAGACACCUCCAGCUUCUCCCAGUAACACUCUGUCCAGGAAGAGCAGCAUCAGCAGUAACUACCAGUCUGGAUCAGUGAGACACGUUCCUUCCUUGGACUCCAUCAGCUGUGCUGUCGAUGGAGUACACAUCCAGCGCUGCUCCUCCCCCUAUCUGCUGAUUGGCUGUGAUGAAACCGGGCGGUCCCUCAGCGAAGGGAACUCCCCCUCUCGCCUCGGGCGUCAGGGCAGCCGUGGUCGCUACGGUUACGCUGCCGGCCAUGGCCACCACCCCGCGCUGAGCUGCCGCGUUAGCCGCAGGGAUAUGACCACCGAUCCAGUCGGCUCCACCAAUCAGCUUGCUGCUGGUGGGAGCGGAGGGGCAGAGAACGGCCUGUUGGCCCCCCCACACAACGCUUACCCACACCAUGGAGAGAGAGCUCGAGCCAUGUCUGCGUCUGGGAAGUCUUGCUCGGCCCGGGAUCAGCUGGCGUUGACGCUGGGAGCGUUGAAUUCGGACGCUCCGAGGAGCAGCAGGGACUCUCUGCACUGCUCCAGUGGCUACAGCACUCAGACCACCACCCCAUCCUGCUCUGAGGACACCAUACACACACACACUGUAAAGAGAGAUCCUCCACUCUAUGUCGACUACGAGUCCAUCUCUCUCCACGGAGACACCGACUCCAUCUCCUUACAUCACCUUUCCCAUGGCAACAGCCAGUCAGACUUCGACAAGUCUUCGACCAUCCCGAGAAACUCCGACCUCAGUUUCCAGUACAGGAAGUAUGCCCAGUCUAAGCGCCCCGCCUCCACUGUCAGCCUACUGGCCGAGCCUGAAUUGCUCGGCAGGUCCGCCCGCCAGCUGCCGUCCCACACGGCAACCAUCAGACGCAAACCAUCAUCAAAGCCGCAGUUCCGCAGGGGCACGAUCAGCGGGGGGGUUCCCAUCCCCAUCAGCACCCCGCAGGUUCCUCUUAAAGCGCUUGCAGGAAAUGGCGGGAGUGAUGAGAAUGUUUUCUCAGCGCCCUCAGCUGGAGGAGGUUUAGGUUACAGUAAACUCUGCACCUCCACGCAGAGCCUCAGUGCCUUACCUCCCUCCUCCUCCUCCUCCCCAUACUACCAGCUGGUCCCAGGUCAGAUGCCAAUACCGGUGCCUGUACCCACUGUACCCUCCCUGCCACCAGAGGGCAACAACGCCAAACAGCAGCAACAGAGACAGUACCAGCAACAGCAGCAAUUCAACCAACAACUAAAUCAUCAGCAGCAACUACAGCCACACAACCAGCAACUCCAGAUUCAGCAGCAGCAGCAAUAUCAUCAGCAGCAGCAACCACAGCAACAGUUUCAAUAUCAACAGCAACCACAGCAACAGCUUCACCAUCAACAGUCACUGCCCCAGCAACCCCAGCAGCUGCAACACCAACAAGACCAGUAUGCAGAGCCACUUAACCAGCAGCAGAGACAGAGGCUGUACCAGCAGCAGCACCAGGCCACGCUCCAGACCUCCGCUGCCCAGGGAGCGCCCUCCAGUCUGGGCCACAGAGCUCUCUACCAGCCCCAGGUUCCUCCACCCUUCAGCCAGGACCAGUACCCAGAGCCGCCGCCCCCGGAGGGAGGAGGGAGCAUGCUGACCCAGCUCAGAUCAGUAAAGCUUAAACGGACCCUCACCAACGAUCGCUCCGCCCCUCUCCUGCCCCCUCCGCCCAGUCACAACUAAGGCUGAUUGUUUUGCUUCCCUGCUGGUUGACUCUUUAGUUUAAUGGCACCUGAGUGUGUCGGCACAAAUCAAACUCUGACUUCCUGUUGAACAUCGACUGUGGACCGAUCAAUCGCUGGAACUUGACGUGUGUCUUAUUUCAUUUUCUAAAGAUCUGCUUCCUUUUAGUCCGUCUAGAUUUGUUUUAAACAUUUUUUGAGACUUUCUCGUCAUUUCCUGUUGCUGCAGCAACCGUCUCUCGCCCUUUGUUUUUUUGCAUUUCGAUUGUGGAUAAAGUUUUUGUCUGACCCAGUCUUGCCAAUAGAACUGUUGAUUUUUUUUUUAAUGAUCGUUAUUUGGCAUGCUAAUUAGCCAGACAGGAAGCUGUUAGUGUCUCAGAUCCUCUUCAGUCCUGGGUGUGCUUGAUUUGCCUUUUUGCCUAGACUCCCAGACGGGUGGGGUUUAGUGAUUAGUCCUGUAGCUCCAAUGUGUCACAUGGUUGAACCAUGGUGAGCGCAGAUUUUAGCUGGCUGUGGGUCAGUGUAUCUGAACAGUGAGUGAUUGGUUUGUUCCUGAUCAUCUCAAAGUGUCAAACACAGCCUGGGACGCUCAUGACUCUGGAAUAAAACUGGCUCUGUAGUUUGUAAAUAUGUGAGAACAAAAACAGCUUUGGGAGCACCUGGGGAGGUCGGAUGUUUCGCUUAACAGCGUGUUGUCAGAGGUCACUCGCUUUCUUUGACAGUACAGAAAUUUGAACUGAAAAUGAGUCAGGAUUUCACCUUUAAGUGGCAGCAGUGCCCAGGGAUGCCAAAUGGUGCCACUGAGGGUUUCUGUUUGUGGAAAAGGAUUAAAAAUGUUACUGUGUGCGAAUGUUUGGUUUACUGUGUAAAUAAUUAGCUGGUUAUGGAGGAAUAAUAACAAGAGGAAGAAGACAGGGAUUUAUCGGCAACUUUUAGAGGCAACAUUGUUUUGGAAGAUGCAGAUUGGCAACAUUAUUGCUGAGAACAUAGCGGGCUAUGAGAAGCAGAACUAUAAAGAGAAAUAGAAGCUGCUGGUGACGUACAGAUCUGUGACAGUCAGCUGUUAACGGGACACAACGCCAUGUUGGAAGAUGUAUCUGAACCCUCUGCUAACACAGGAAAUAAACUUCUUAGAUAACAUUUAAUCUAAAAAGAGUUUUGAGGCUGACACUUUUAAACAUACGCAGUUAUUUUGAUUUAAAAAUACCUUAAAUUCAGUUGCAUUGUGACUUGUACUGAGUGGAUAAACUAUGUUAAACUGUUUCUGAAUUACUACCUUCAUAUUUUUGGUACGUUUUUGUUACUUAUUGGCUGAAAUAUACAGCAGUACGAAUACAUUAAAUUGCCAAUAAAUAACACGAAAUGUCAGCACAUUACAAAGUUUGUCCAUCAGAGAGCACUGACAAAUUUAUUUUUGCACUGUUUAGGACAUUUCUUGGUCACAGUUCUUACAUAACUGAAUUUAAAGGUUACUUAUCAAAAUAUUUAUGUUAUGUUUUAUAAUAACUUAUCAGUCGGGCCCUAAAUGACACUGAAUUGUCUUUACAAGUUCUCCACAGAAACAUUUAAUAAUCUUUCCCUGAUCAAAUGACAGUAAAUGUUGUUAAAUGUGAUAAUUAUAAUCUUUUAAUAAUAUAAGGCAGCUGAUGCGUCUCAAAUUUAGUUUUAGAGCAAGUGAUCAUUAUCACGUAUUCUUAAAUUUUAAAGAUGGAUAUUUUCAGCUCUAACUUUUGCUUGAAAAAUUACAACUAAUUUAUUGCUGAUUAAUUUUCUGUUGAUCGACUGAUUGUUUUAAUUGUAAUUAUUUAUUUUACCAGUUUAAACAGAUUUUCACAUUUGACUAAACAUCGUUUUUCUCAUGUUUCUGCGGGUUGAUAGAGGAAGAGCUUUUAAAUCUGUUGUCACUAGAGUUGGGUGUCGAGCUUGGUACUUUUAAAGGUACUACCCAAAUUACGUCAGUACUACCAUGUACUGAUUCACGUUACAUCAAUCGGUGUCAAACUUCAAUAAAAAAGGCACUGAAUGAAUAUAUUUAUCUACAUUUUGCCACCUGGUCGUAGCAGAGUGUGUCAUCUCUGACAGAGCCAAAGAGUAGCUCAUUCUGCUGCAGUCUGUAAUCCCACAGACUCUCCUUUCACUUUGGCCAACAGCUAAAAGUUUGGACUUAUUUUAUUUAAACUAAGACUCAUUUUUUGUUAUUACAGAGAGAGCAAAGUACCAGGAAAAGGUACUGUGGGGUACAGGAAGCGGUACAAAUGUGAAUGGUACCAAACCCUCGUUGUCACUCCUCCAACAUGGCGCUGUUUCCAUCUUAACUGUAAGAAAUCAAACCUUUACGUACCAAUCUCUGAUUUACCCUUCAAAGGCAAAAAGCUGUCCCUCUUCUUAGUUUAAAAAGUUCACAAUGAAAGACUGAUACAUUUAAUAAAGACACAGGUAGAAUUUGAGUGUUUGAAUUCAGCUGAAGGAUCAAUGAAAUUCUGUUAAGUUUACAUUUGAUCUAAAAUCUUGUAACUCAGCAGCUUUAUUUUCUUUAAAUGACAUGAGCAGCCAAUCAGAGUGCAGGACUGUGAUGAGCCGUAGGGUUUGCGUUUAAUUUUUAACGUUAAAUUAAACUAUUUAUGUACAGAGUUUGGUCGGGCUCCAGUAGCUGGUUCUAUUUUGGAUCCUGUUCCUAGUUGGUAAAAUAUUUAGGUCUGUUAAUUUGUUCACCUGAAAUUAUCAUAAAUCUCCUCAUCGAUAUUUUAGCUUUUUAUUUUUUAUUUUUAGCUUUUCUCUUUGUUCUUUAUUUCGGCUCAGAUCACACGUACAGUGAUGUCAUUACAGACCUCUGUGUCGCUGCUCAUAUCUCAGAUACUUUCAGUUGGUGUUUUGGUGUUGUGCCCAUUAAUAUAUUUCCAAAAAUUGGGGACGUUAUCUUCUAGAAAAUUAGCAACAAGUGUGAAUUCAAUCAGCACAGCUUUUUAGGUCUCCCUCUCCUGAAAAUUAAAACGAUUUCAGACUGAAUAAUGACGUGGUUCAGAUCCGUUAGAAGAAGUGUUGCCUCUAAAAGUUGCCCGUCAAGUGUCGACUUCAUACGAUGAGCUGUCAGAGCAGGCUGGGAAGCAGGGCCGUAGCUUUCACUGAGGACUGAGGUCAUGCCCUCUGUUAAUGUUUUAAAUGACAUGAGGUGGAGUUUGAUAGAGCUGACACUAAUAACUAUUUUUAUUAUUGAUAAAUGUGGCAAUUUGGUCCAUCAAAUAUCAAGGAGUAGUAAAGAAAAAAACUCCAGAGCCCGAGAUAUAUGUCUCCUCUUGUUGGAUCAACAGUCCAAAACCCAAAGUUUACAUAGAAGACAGCCAGCAAACCAAAAUGUGACAUUUUACGCACACAGUUAUUACACAUAAAAGUUUGGUAGUUUGGUUUGUGGCCUAUCAAACAUUAACAGGUGUGUGGAGCUCUGCCGAAGGAAUUUGGCUCAGGACCUCAGUAUUUCUUUAAUCCUGGUUACGGCCCUGCUGGGAAGCUGCCAGGCAGGGACCAGCUGCAUUCUGGGAAAUGUAGUCUCGUCUUUUCUGGUCUGUUCUCAGAGAAGCUUUUGUGUAUUGAGAGAUUUCCUGUCGCUGAAUCAAGUGUUUAUAUUGCUGAUGAGACAGAAAAGCUGCCUUCUGAUGAUUCAAUUGAUUGAUUGAUUGAUUGGACCCAAUUCGCCCCACAGCAGUUGUGUGUGUGUGUGUGUGUAUAUAUUAGUGCUUCUAUUCCUGGGAGAGAUCUAAAUCUAUAUAUAAAAAAUGUAUGUAUACAUAUCCUGAUUGUAUUUUUGUUGAUUUAUGGAUCAGACGGUGUGAUCAGAUGUGACACGUCGGUCGUCACUCGUCAUAUUUUUGUAGAAAAGCUUUAAAGGAGGAAACCCAGUGAACUUCCUGAUGUUUGAGGAUCUGAAGCCUGAUUGGAUGUCCGACUGUCGAGAAGCGGACGAAGGACUAAACAGACGUAUGGACGACAUGAACCAACAGAAUGUAGAAAUGUUUUUGUCCUUCAUCUUUUGACGUUCGCUGUGGGAUCAAUGAUAAUAAUAAUAAUUGACUCAUCAA